UGGCAGAGCUAUAAGCCCAGGACUGUGAUUAUUGGCUGCGUUGAGUAACUCUAACGAGAAGAAUCUUGCCAUGCUCCCUCUCGUCCUCAACCUCGGACCCAAGUCAUUUUCUUAUCUCUCCUUCUUUCUCUUUGCCACGUGGCUUUUCUUCUCUGUCCAUUCCAAUAAUCUCUAUUCCAGUUUCAUACAUAAACAAUCCCUCUCUUUCUGAUAUCAUUGCGUACAGUCCUGCUCCUCGAUCUCUUUCUCUCAUCCCGCCGGCAUGAAGGUGAUAUCCUGGAUAGGUACAAUCUCGGCCCUUCCUCGUUCUUCCACCGCCACCGAAGCGACCAUUCCGCUUUCCAAUGAGCAUAUACAGUCAUCGUCUCCAAAACUCUUGCUUUCUGAUCCAUGCUGCAGCCUCUCCGAAAUCCCCAGCAGCUCAACAGCUUCACAAUCACAGGACACCAGCUGCAGUACUCUACAGAGCAAUCUCUCCCUCCUCACACUUCCUUCCGUCCCUUCCCUACAGAAAAUCUCCCCGGAAUCCCUACAAGUCUCCGUCUCCCACCUCUGCGUCUCCUCACUCAAACCCAAUACCUGUAUUGGUUGCCUCGCCGUCUCCGGUGACCUACUCUAUGUCGCCUCGGGCAGUGAAAUCAACGUCUACAGUCUAACAAACUACGCGCACAUCGAUGCAUUCAACGGCAAUUCUUCCUCGGGUUCCGUUAAGUCUCUCGCUUUUUCGGAAGGGAAGGCCUUCACCGCUCACCAGGACUCUAAGAUCCGAGUCUGGCAGCUAACCCCGACCAAACGACAUCAGCACGUGGCGACGCUUCCCACCGUCAAGGACCGUGUCCGCCGUUUCGUUCUACCGAAGAACUACGUCCGCGUCAGACGUCACAAGAAACGGCUAUGGAUUGAACACGCUGACGCUGUCUCUGGCCUCGCCGUCAGAAAUGGUUUAAUCUACUCCGUUUCCUGGGACAAGUGCUUGAAAGUAUGGCGGGCGUCGGAUCUCCGUUGCUUGGAGUCCGUGAAAGCGCACGAAGAUGCCAUAAACGCCGUUGCUGUUUCUGUCGACGGAACCGUUUACACGGCCGGAGCGGACAGACGCAUUAGGGUAUGGGGAAGAACGUCAGGAGAGAGACGACACACGUUGAUAGCCACGUUAGAGAAGCACAAAUCGGCCGUUAACGCGCUGGCUUUAACCUCUGAUGCAUCGGUUCUGUUUUCGGGAGCCUGUGAUCGUUCAAUCUUGGUGUGGGAGAGGGAAGACAGCGCUCACCAUAUGGCCGUUACUGGGGCUUUGAGAGGGCACACGGGUGCGAUACUUUGUUUGGUCAACAUUUCAGAUUUCCUGGUGAGCGGGUCGUCGGACCGAACAGUGAGGAUUUGGCGACGGGGAAGGGAUAGUAGGUUUUGUUGCUUGACUGUAUUGGAAGGCCACGAGAGGCCGGUGAAGUCGUUAGUAGCUUUGUCGGACAGCGUCUCGUCUGGUUCCAUUUCAGUUUGUAGCGGAAGUCUAGACGGAGAAACUAAAGUGUGGCAGGUUCUAAUUUCCAAUCUCAGGAGCUCAUUGUCCUCUUCAGACACGGAAUUUGUUGACUAGCCAAGAGAUUUCAAUUCAACAGGUAGUAAGUAGUAAUCUGGCGUUUUAUUUGUUCGAUCUGAUUAAUUUCAAUCAUUUUUUCCUUAAAAUUUGAUUAAUCCGGUUAGUUGUUCGGUAAGCAGAUUA